AUGGCAAGCAAGUCUAGAGGCAAAGUGAGAGCUGCCAAUAAUGAUGUUUCAAAGGGUAAUGACAGGAGAAAUUUGAAUUUUAUUAAAAUCAAUACAUCUUUGAGCCAAAACCAAACUGCCGUUGCGCUCCAAGAUUCUCUUUCGCAUGUUCCUGUCUCCGACGGAUGGCAAGACAGAAGUUUGGUUUGGAACUGCCCGGGGGCUGCUGGCAAGUCUUUUCACAGAGUGGUUAAAAUUGGAUCCGUAAAUACCAUAUCAACUUCUUGGUGCUUAUUGAGACUAAAAUUAGUGGUUGGAAGGCGGACAAAUGCAUUGCUAAGCUUGGGUUUGAUUAUUCACAUCGAGUGGAAGCAAGGGGAUUUUAUAGAGGCAUUUGGCUUCUUUGUAUAUGCAAGUCCUAUUCCUAGUGUGAGGAAGCUACUCUGGGAUAAGUUGUUAGAUAUUUCUCAAUGUUGUUCGGGUCCUUGGUGUGUGGCAGGGGACUUUAAUGCACUGCUAUCUAAUGAUGAGAAGAAGGGUGGUAGUGAUAGAAAUAGUGCUUACUGUAAUUUCUUUUGGUGUUGGUUUGAUUCUGCUGGUAAGAUUAACUUGGGUUUUACAGGGGCCAAGUUUACUUGGCGAAAGGGUUUGCUUUUUGAAAGAUUAGACAGGGCUUUAUGUAAUAAGGUGUGGGAUUCCUUUGGUAAUAUUGUGAAUAGCAAGUAUAGAGUUCCAGCUCAGCUUGAACAGAUUCAAAGAGCUUUGGAGCACAAUCCAAGGAAUGAUUUUUAUAUUUUAGAGGAAGAGUUGCGUCUUGAGUAUGAGAGAAUUCUUACUGAAGAGGAGCUGUACUGGUAUCAGAAAUCAUGUUCCAAGUGGUUAAGUUAUGGUGACCGUAAUACCAGGUAUUUUCACUCUUUAUCUAUGAAAAGGAGUAGGAGGAAUCGAAUUAAUAUGCUUAAAGAUGACUCUGACCAAUGGUGUGAGGAUCAGCAGUCUUUGAAAAAUUUAGCAGUUCAGUUUUUUUCUAAUCUUUAUUUUGAGGAUCGUGUUGUUUUCCCCAGUUGUCCUUUUUCGAAUAAAUUCCCUUUGCUAGAUCCAGACGAAGUUGAGAUGCUGGGGAAGAAUGUUGGUGAUGAUGAGAUUCGAACAGCUUUGUUCCAGAUGGAUCCAAUGAAGGCACAGGGCUUGGAUGGGUAUAAUGUUUUUUUGUUUCAAAAGAAUUGGCAUGUUAUAGGAAGGGACGUGUGUAGCUUUGUUAAGAGUAUUUUUUGUGGAUCAAUUUCGGUGGAGAGUAUUAAUCAAGCGUUGAUUGUGCUUAUUCCCAAGGUUGAGGCCCUUAUGAACAAGAUUGUGGGGGAUGCGCAAGCACGCUUCGUUCCGAGAAGGCAAAUAUCAGAUAAUAUCAUUAUUAUGCAAGAAAUCAUCCAUUACAUGCGUAAUAAAAGAAGUGGGAAGCAGUUAAUGGCUAUUAAAGUGGACUUAGAAAAAGCUGAUGAUAGACUGGGCUGGGAUUUCAUUCAUUCUACUCUGAUGGAUGUUGGCAUCCCUAGCAAUAUGAUUGCAGUUAUCAUAGUGUAUCACAUCUGCUACUAUGAGGAUCUUGUGGAAUGGUUGUCUCAUGGGAUUCAGGAGUCGGUGGAUAAGAAGAAGUGGCGUCCCAUUUGCCUGUCCCAAGGAAGACCUCCUUUAUCCCACCUCUUUUUUGCAGAUGAUCUCUUGCUUUUUGCCGAAGCAUCAGUUAGUCAGAUGGAGGUGGUUCUUAAUAGGACAUCAAUAUCUUGUGCGAUUUUAAGGCUACAAUGGACCUCGACUGCGAAGAACUUAUCUUUGGCUGGUCGUAUUACUCUCACUAAAUCUGUCCUAAUGGCCAUCCCUAGCUAUGCCACCCAAACUACUUCCCUUUCAAGUUCCAUCUGUAGAGAUAUUGAGAAGCACUAUCAAAAGUUUAUAUGGGGUUGGAAGAAAGAUGGUGUUGAGAUUCCUUUAGUUAAAUGGAGUGCUCUUUGGGUGAGGAUUCUGCGCUCAAAAUACUGUGUUGAUGAGGACGAGUUGAUUCCUAACCUGUUUAAGAAAGUUAAUGCUUCUUGGAUCUGGAAAAAUAUUAUGAGAGUGUGGAAUCUUAUGCAGAAUGCUAUAUGGUGGUCCAUUGGUGAUGGGAAGAGGAUUUCUUUCUGGACGGAUAAAUGGAUCCCUAAUAGAGAUUAA